CCUAAUGUAGUACCACCUACACAUUUCAUUAAGGUGUUAUUUACGCUCACUUCUAUAUUAUUAAUGAAGAUAUCAAUUAAGCCUGACUCUAAUGUCAACCCUGGCAGCAGCCAACUACACACCUGCCUCCCUAAAUGGGUAAAUUGCUAUAUUACCUUUUGAUCUGUUCACAGUACUUCAGAUGAUUACCAGCCUAUGGACCAGUGUCUGUCCUAGGCUUAGAUCGUUUUAUCACAGGAUUGGGUGGUCAUUAAGGGUCUGAUGGCAGCUCUUUAUUCUCAAGUGUCAGUUUCUAUGAUCCCCAAUGCAAGUUAGAGUAGCCUAGGGACAAUUUUGUGCUGGGCAGCUGUGAUUAGAUUCUGAUCAGAAAGGGUAGCAUAAAGUGACUGGAACUUGGGGAGAGAUCAAGUCGCUAUGUGUUAGUGCUCAUAGCUGAGCCAGUAUACAUUACAUUUUUAAUUAGGAUUUCAUAAGACCCUAAAAUCCAAAUACACUAUAUUCUCUUUUCUAUUCAUCCACUUGUUUUACUAUCUUAUUAAAAUCAGUUAGAUUUGUAAGUUUGUCUGGGUGUUAUAAACUCAUACUGUUUAUUGCUCAAGGGUCUGUUACUCUCUGGGGCCAGAUUGUGCUUAACCCCUGGCCCUGGGCAGGUGCACAAGGGAGGAAUAGGGCACAAGGAAGGCCAGCCCCCUCACCCUUAUGUCCUCUAUGCAGGGGCAAGACACAAUGGUACACCUAGUGCAGGUGUUACCUGCUCCUCACCUCAGCGGGCUCCUAGAAAAAAGCAUGUAGGGCUUGAUCCUGCUCUCAUUGAAAGUCAAUGAUAAAACAACUUCCCUGGGGCAGGAUCAAACACCUAUAGAGGGGUCAAUCCAGUGGUGUCCCAUAUAGCCCCAACCAAUGUUUAACUUGUGGGAAUCGUGUAAAAAUGAAUGAUAUAACUUCGUUAGAACUUUUUGGUGACUUCUAAAUUUAAAAUUUAAAUGAUUGAAAGUUUAAUAAUGUUCACAUUAUGGUAUUCAAUUUUUAUCUUAUUACAAAAAUAAAGAGAAAUUUGUGAUCAAUAUACUGCAUUAUAAAUACAGGGGGGUUUUGUUAUUACAUUUACAUAGUGCUAAGUAGUUAAUAUUCUGGGUGCCUGAUAAUUUACAACUUCUCACCUUGGGUCACUCAGCCCAAAACAGGUGUGCAGGUAGGCACAAAAGACUACGUGGUAUUUGGGAGUUGCUGAAAGUAAGGAAAUGUAGAGGGAAGAACAUGAAAAAUGCAGAAAGAGAGGAGAGGGGAAGAAAGGAAAAUGGGGAAGGAAGAAAAACAAAGGGUAGAAGUAGUGGUGACCUGAAAAGGGAACAUAUUUUCACAGUGGUGGGAUUGAGGGUAGCAUAUAGUCUACAUUUAUAUCCUGGCCGCUACUGCCUAUAACUGCAAGUAAAAUUUGUUUCUCUGCCUUGAAUGAGUUUCAUGCCUCUGGUGUAAUGUCUCUGAUUUUUUACUAGAAGUACAAAGUAAAUACUGAAUUAUUAAUUUGCUAUAUUUGUAAAGUUAGUUUAACACAAUGUAAUUUAAUACAUUUUCCCUUUGUGAAAGAUUUUAAAAGCUGUGAUUUAAGCCACCUUGAGCUACUUCUGCUAUUAUUUCUGAAAUUGCUUUUAAAUGUUAAUAACAUGCACUGGUAUAAUAAUUAGAAAUUUUAAACAGAACCUUGUGAAGUGCUGAGGCUGCAGUGAAAGUAGAGGGCACUUAGUACCCACAGUAUCCAGUAUUUGAUGAUAGAAGUACAAGUAUAUCUUGGAAGUAGUAAGUAUGUACAUCCUCAACUGGUAAAAAUGUCAGCAUACAUCCAUUGACUAUGACAACUGACAGAGGUGGAGUAUCUGGCACUUAAUCUGAUGUCAUUGUUACGGUUUUAUUUAAUGCAUUUAAUUGCAAAAGUGUAUUUUUCUUUUUCAGCCUGGAUUGGAUCAGUCAGUUAUGGUUUCAUUAUGAUUUUUGGUCCCGUUUCUGGAAAACUUUUGCAGAAAUAUGGAGCCAUCAAAGUAGCAAUAUUUGGAGCUCUAGUUGUCAUGUUAGGUGUUGUUUGUUCCUCUUAUGCUGGUGAUAUACGUGUUCUGUUUUUAACCCAUGGAAUCCUAGUAGGUGUAGGAUCAAGUUUCGCUUCUACUCCAGGCUUGAUAAUGGUGAGCCUUUACUUCACCACAAAGCGUUCCUUUGCAACUGGGAUUGUGAUGGCUGGUGGGGCAGCAGGAACUCUGGUACAGAAUCAGGUGCAUCGAUACCUAAUCAAGGCAUUUGGAUGGAGAACUAGUCUGCGUGUGUAUUGUGGAAUUCUAACAAUAUGUAUUUUUGCUGGGUUUGCAUACAGACCACUUGAAAAACGAAGACAUCCAAGUGUUGUUGAAAACUUUCAGACAUCAACAUUAAGAGGUUUUAUUGUAGAUCUGAGUUUAUGGAAGGAUAGUAUCUUUGAGUUAUGGGUUUGUGCUCUUGGAUUAGCAAAAUUUGGAUUCUUCAUACCCUUUGUGCAUAUGAUGAAACUUGCAGGUGACUUGGGCAUUUCUUUGGAUGAUGCAUCAUACAUUAUGGUAGGAAUUGGAAUAAGCAGCCUGCUUAGUUCUCUUCUAUUUGGGAAGAUAUGUGAUUUAGAAAGUAUCAACCGCCUUUAUAUUAACCAGGCAUCUGUACUGUCUGUUGGGCUGUUGUACUUGACAAUUCCUUUGUGCACAACUUUCCCCUCCCUAAUUGCUUUUGGCUCGCUGUUGGGAUUUUUUGAUGCAGGAAACUAUGUUCUUUUACCUGUUCUAACGCUAGACUUGAUGGGAGCAGAGAAAAUGCCUGUGGCCUGGGGAUUUAUGAUGGCUGUCCACACAAUUAGUUGUUUUGGUCCACCAUUUGCAGGCUGGAUAUAUGACUUAUUAGGAAGUUACAACAUUGGAUUUGUAGUGCCUGGACUUUGCUCUGUUGCAGCAGCAGGUAUUCUUGCUUUCAUUCCACGGCUUAAAAAUACAGCAGUACAACAGAAGAAGAACAUUAUUCAUGCUUCUGUUUGUGAGAUAACAAACAGUAUAAUACCUUGGGAGUCCCCACCUCAUUCAAUACAGAGUCUAAAUGAUUCAUAUACAAAGUACAGUUCUGUUUGGACUUCCAGAGCAGACUUACCUAAAGUUGAGGAUACUACUGUAGCAUCUUCAAUAGAAAGCACAGCAAAGGUAGAACAAGUGUUUCUUGAAGAAUAUGAGGCUUCAGAUUCAAAAAAAGAAGCAUAUGUGACUUUUGUACAUGUUGAACAAUGUGAAGAUGAAGCGCUACAUGAUGAAGGCACAGUGAAGGUAGAAGAAGUACCUCUUGAAGAAAAUGAGGCUUCGGAUUCAAAAAAAGCAGCACGUGUGGCUUUCAUAGAUGUUGAACAACAUGAAGAUAAAGAUGUACAUGAUGAAGGCACAGCGAAGGUAGAAGAAGUACCUCUUGAAGAAGGUGAGUUUUCAGGUUCAAAAAAAGAAACACGUGUGACUUUCGUAGAUGUUGAACAACAUGAAGAUGAAGACCUACGUGAUGAAGGCACUGCAAAGGAAGAAGUAACUGUUGAAGAAGAUGAGGCUUCAGGUUCCAAAAAAACAGCACGUGUCACUUUCGUAGAUGUUGAACAACGUGAAGAUGAAGACCUACGUGAUGAAGACACAGCAAAGGUAGAAAAAAUACCUCUUGAAGAAGGUGAGGCUUCAGGUUCAAAAAAAGCAGCACAUGUGGCUUUCGUAGAUGCUGAGCAACACGAAGAUGAAGACCUACAUGAUGAUGAACAAAAAUGAUCCAAGUAUCACCAGCAGUAGUUAAAUCAGUGGUAUGAAAACAAAUGGAUCUUAAAUUUAGAUAAAGCUAUUCAACAUGUCAGUAAUAAUUUACUCAGUUAUGCUAUAUUCUAAGUUGAUGGAGAAUUGACUAACAUUUGUUAGAUCAUUCUUGUUUUAAUUAUACUUCUGUUUCAUAAUUCAUAUAUAAAAUCAGUUUGUUUAAUAU